AUGACCAGGACUCAGCGAGAGAACUAUUUGAAGCACAAAGAGUGGGCCCUUAACGACAGCGACUGGGUGACCAUGAUAGUCUAUGGCCUGGAUCAAAACAAGACCUUCAUCCCAAAACUUGCUCAACAAGACCAGCUCACCAGAAACCAAUUUACAACCAAGCUCAACGUCACAGGUGGUCUUUUAAGCUACAAAAAGCUAAGGUAUGAGAUGGGCUAUUGGAAAUUGCUCAAGAAUGGAGAUUUCGUGGAUUACAAAAUUCAGUGCCGAAAAGACACGGCAGCUACUUCAUCCCCACCACGUCACCGCAGCACAAGGCCCUGGGAGCCGACCCUAUCCAAAGUUCAAACCAGGUGGCAAAAUAAUCUGAGGCUGUUUGAUUAG